UGGGCCGAAGUUAUAAAGACUCGUAAAUCGAGAAGCAUCGUGAAUCGACAAGUGUAAAUGAUGCGGCGUGUUAAUCUCGUGACUUUUCUUUGCCUCUGCACGGCGCUUUUCUGCCGCGUCUCCUCCUUCGAGGCGUCCUGGGACAAGAAGCUAAAUGACGAUCGUGAAAUUUCACCAUACUCGGAAUACCAGCAGACCUUAUGGUAUAGAAAACCAAGGUACUCGGGAUCAUCUGUGAGAAAUUAUGGUAAUCUUGGAAUUGCCGGCUCGUCUCCUUCAAGGAUCCAGGAUUACAGUCAAGUUCGUUCCAUAGAUCCUUACAGUUCGAAUUUGGGUUACAACAGUUACAACAGACCCGCCAGGAGCAGGGACAGCUCGUAUUAUUCCCAAGCGACGUCCGCUCUCGAGGACGAUCCUUAUGGGAAUUUGGAUUCGUUCACUGACAGGUCACUUCGUGAAAUGAGUCAUUAUGCUUCUAUGGGACCUUCUUGGUCUGGAUUGAACGAUCGUAAACUCCACGAUGAAAAUUCUUACGAUAGGUCUGACUCCAGAGUCCGAUUAUACGACGUGGAUUCGAUCGAGGACCCUUAUCAGUCAAGGAUUUACAAAGUUCAGGAAGAGUACAAGACACAGCCACAAACUAGAGGAAAGAAACUAUACGUGGUGCCGAGAGGUGAUUCCAGAAAUUCCUACCUCAGGGAUGCUGAUGGUUACGACAGUAUCCCCAGGAUGAAGAAUUUCAAGGCUGAUAAGGAACUUGAAGACGUUGUCAAGAAAGCCAUUAUCUUAGCCAAGAUGCAAAGUGAACAGGAAAUAGAUAAUAAUCAUAAUAUCAAGGAUGUGAGAAUAGACCAGGUACCGUCUACAGAGCUUUUCAGAAAUUCAGACGUAGUCUACACACCGGAAGUCAAGCACAAUCCUUACAAUUUACCGAUCGGUCCGCGCCAGAUGAAAUUGCCGUCUGUAAAUAUUGGGAACAGGGAUUCAAAUUUUGAGGCGUUAUCGGAAAUUGAUAAGCGUAACGACGAUGACCUUAACCUGGCUGAAAUGACCAGGAUAAGUAAAGCGAAUCAGGAACGUGACUUCACACUGGCCGAUGAUGUGACUUUUGGUGAUGUCCAGAAGAGGGAGUAUCCUGAGGAAAUUGCUGUUCCUGAUGAUGAUAUGGAUGAAGAGGAUGACGUCAUCGAGGAUAUGCCGAAUGUUGCCUUUGGGGAAGACGUUGAUCCGGUUAGAGAGAAAAUGACUUUGAUCGAGUCGAAUGAGGAUUUUAAUGGAAAAUUGGGCGAGGAGGCGAACGACGAUGUUCUGGAAGGUGACGUGGUCCUGGGGGAAGCUAUGGAAGAGGAUGAACAGGAAGGAAACAUUAUCAGGGGAUUGCCAGCAACAGCUGACGAGUCAUCGUUGAAAAAUGACGAUAAGAAAUUAAUUGAAAAUUCAUCGAUUGCCGAAGUUCCUUUUAAGUAAACUGGAGAAUUAGGAAAUAAUUAUAAGAACGUAUUGGUGUAAAUGUAUAAUAUUAUUUUGUUAUUGAUUUUGAAUAAUAAAGCCAGGAAAAUUUUAUCCCGAAAUUA